AUGGGCACCCCAGGGCAAUAUGCCCUUUAUGUCUUCUGCAUCAUCCUCGGCAGCGUUCUGAGCGUCGUGAUCGGCUACGCUAUUCACUCCAUGGCGACGAAUGGGUUUUCUGAUGGCCCGGCAGAAAAAGAGCUUGGAGAAGAACAACGGGCAUACAUGAGAGAAGUUCGAGAACGGAAUCUAGAGGCCCUCAUAUACGAAUGCCGACGCAAGGGCUAA